GACCCUCCAGUGGACAUGGGUGGGGCCCUGGGGCCGGCCCUGCUGCUCACCUCACUCCUCGGUGCCUGGGCGGGGCCGGGCCCGGGGCAGGGAGAGCAGGCUGUGACGGUGGCCGUGGUGUUUGGCAGCUCGGGGCCACCGCAGGCCCAGGCCCGUACCCGCCUCACCCCCCAGAGCUUCCUGGACCUGCCCCUGGACAUCCAGCCACUCACCGUGGGGGUCAACAACACCAACCCCAGCAGUCUUCUCACCCAGAUCUGCGGGCUCCUGGGCGCUGCCCAAGUCCACGGCAUCGUCUUUGAGGACAACGUGGGCACUGAGGCCGUGGCCCAGAUCCUCGACUUCAUCUCCUCCCAGACCCGCGUGCCUAUCCUCAGCAUCAGUGGGGGCUCUGCUGUGGUCCUCACCCCCAAGGAGCCGGGCUCCGCCUUCCUACAGCUGGGCGUGUCCCUGGGGCAGCAGCUGCAGGUGCUGUUCAAGGUGCUGGAGGAGUACGACUGGAGCGCGUUCGCCGUGAUCACCAGCCUGCACCCGGGCCACGCGCUCUUCCUCGAGGGCGUGCGCGCCGUCGCCGACGCCAGCUACGUGGGCUGGCAGCUGCUGGACGUGCUCACGCUGGAGCUGGGCCCCGGCGGGACGCGCGCGCACAUCCAGCGCCUGCUGCGCCAGCUCGACGCCCCGGUGCUGGUGGCCUACUGCUCGCGCGACGAGGCCGAGGUGCUCUUCGCAGAGGCGGCGCAGGCCGGCCUGGUGGGGCCCGGGCACGUGUGGCUGGUGCCCAACCUGGCGCUGGGCAGCACCGACGCGCCCCCCGCCGCCUUCCCCGUGGGCCUCAUCAGCGUCGUCACCGAGAGCUGGCGCCUCAGCCUGCGCCAGAAGGUCCGCGACGGCGUGGCCAUCCUCGCCCUGGGCGCCCACGGCUACCGGCGCCAGCACGGCACCCUGCCCGCCCCGGCCGGGGACUGCCGCGGCCACCCCAGGCCCGUCAGCCCUGCCCGGGAGGCCUUCUACAGGCACCUGCUGAAUGUCACCUGGGAGGGCCGGGACUUCUCCUUCAGCCCUGGUGGGUACCUGGUCCAGCCCACCAUGGUGGUGAUCGCGCUCAACCGGCACCGCCUCUGGGAGAUGGUGGGGCGCUGGGACCAUGGCGUCCUCCACAUGAAGUACCCGGUGUGGCCUCGCUACAGUGCCUCCCUGCAGCCUGUGGUGGACAGCCGGCACCUGACGGUGGCCACGCUGGAAGAGCGACCCUUUGUCAUCGUGGAGAGCCCCGACCCCGGCACGGGUGGCUGCGUGCCCAACACCGUGCCCUGCCGCCGGCAGAGCAACCACACCUUCAGCAGUGGUGACACGGCCCCCUACACCAAGCUUUGCUGUAAGGGCUUCUGCAUCGACAUCCUCAAGAAGCUGGCCAAAGUGGUCAAGUUCUCCUACGACCUGUACCUGGUGACCAACGGCAAGCAUGGCAAGAGAGUGCGCGGCGUGUGGAAUGGCAUGAUCGGGGAGGUGUACUACAAGCGGGCGGACAUGGCCAUUGGCUCCCUCACCAUCAACGAGGAGCGCUCCGAGAUCGUGGACUUCUCCGUGCCCUUCGUGGAGACGGGCAUCAGCGUGAUGGUGUCCCGCAGCAACGGCACCGUCUCCCCCUCGGCCUUCCUGGAGCCCUACAGCCCCGCUGUGUGGGUCAUGGUGUUUUUCACGUGCCUCACCGUGGUGGCCAUCACUGUCUUCAUGUUUGAGUACUUCAGCCCCGUCAGCUACAACCAGGACCUCACCAGUGGCAAAAAGUCCGGGGGCCCAUCCUUCACCAUCGGCAAGUCCGUGUGGCUGCUCUGGGCGCUGGUCUUCAACAACUCGGUGCCCAUCGAGAACCCCCGGGGCACCACCAGCAAGAUCAUGGUGCUGGUCUGGGCCUUCUUUGCUGUCAUCUUCCUUGCCAGCUACACCGCCAACUUGGCUGCCUUCAUGAUCCAGGAGCAGUACAUCGACACUGUGUCUGGCCUCAGUGAUAAGAAGUUCCAGCGGCCUCAGGAUCAGUACCCGCCCUUCCGCUUCGGCACCGUGCCCAACGGCAGCACGGAGCGGAACAUCCGCAGCAACUACCGUGACAUGCACACCCACAUGGUCAAGUUCAACCAGCGCUCAGUGGAGGACGCGCUUUCCAGCCUCAAGAUGGGGAAGCUGGAUGCCUUCAUCUAUGAUGCUGCUGUCCUCAACUACAUGGCGGGCAAGGACGAGGGCUGCAAGCUGGUCACCAUCGGCUCUGGCAAGGUCUUUGCCACCACCGGCUAUGGCAUCGCCAUGCAGAAGGACUCCCACUGGAAGCGGGCCAUAGACCUGGCGCUCCUGCAGUUCCUGGGGGACGGAGAAACCCAGAAGCUGGAGACGGUGUGGCUGUCGGGAAUCUGCCAGAAUGAGAAGAACGAGGUGAUGAGCAGCAAGCUGGACAUCGACAACAUGGCUGGCGUCUUCUACAUGCUGCUCGUGGCCAUGGGGCUGGCCCUGCUGGUCUUCGCCUGGGAGCACCUGGUCUACUGGAAGCUGCGCCACUCAGUGCCCAACACGUCCCGGCUGGACUUCCUGCUGGCCUUCAGCAGGGGCAUCUACAGCUGCUUCAGCGGCGUGCAGAGCCUGGCCAGCCCCGCGCGGCUGCCCAGCCCGGACCUCACGGCCGGCUCGGCCCAGGCCAGCGUGCUCAAGAUGCUGCAGGCGGCGCGCGACAUGGUGACCACGGCGGGCGUGAGCAGCUCCCUGGACCGCGCCACGCGCACCAUCGAGAGCUGGGGCGGCCCCCGCCGUGCGCCCCCGCCGCCCGCCUGCCCCGGCCCGCGGCCGCCCACCCCCGGCCCGCCCCCCGAGCCGAGCCCCACGGGCUGGGGACCGCCGCGCGGGGGCCGCGCCGCGCCGGGGCGCAGGGCCUCGCAGCCGCCGGGCCGCCCGCCGACGCCCGGACCCGCCCCACCCGACGUCUCCCGGGGGCCCGACCGGCCGGCCUGGGAGGCGCGGUGGCCGCUGCGGGCCGGGGCAGGCGGGCGGCACCUCCCGGCCUCCGAGCGGCGCGCGCUCCCGGAGCGCCCCCUGUCGCCCGGGCGCUGUCACUACAGCUCCUUCCCUCGAGCCGACCGGUCGGGGCGCCCCUUCCUCCCGCUCUUCCCGGAGCCCCCGGAGCCCGAGGACCUGCCGCUGCUCGGGCCGGAGCAACUGGCCCGGCGGGAGGCCCUCCUGCGCGCGGCCUGGGCCCGGGGGUCGCGCCCGCGCCACGCUUCCCUGCCCAGCUCGGUGGCCGAGGCCUUCGCCCGGCCCAGUUCGGGGCCCGCCCGGUGCGCCCGCCCGGGCUGCGGGCGCGUGACGCAGGCGCAGUCGAUGCGGCUGCCGUCCUACCGGGAGGCCUGCCGGGAGGGGGUGCGGGCAGCGGCCCCCGCCUGGCCGCACGGACAGCACGCCUGCCUCCACGCCCAGGCCCACCUGCCGCUUUGCCCUCACCUCCCACCCUGUGCCAGCCACGGACCCUGGCUCCCUGGGGCUUGGGGGCCUCCGGGGCACAGGGGCAGGACCCUGGGGCUGAGCACAGAAUACUGGGACAGUGCGGGGCUGGAAGAGGUCAGCAGGGUGGCCUGUGGGAUGCACGGCUUCCCCCGACCUUGCACCUGGAGGCGGAUCUCCAGCUUGGAGUCAGAAGUGUGAGGUGUCAGCGACUCUGGUUCCUGUUCAGCUGGGUUCUCCGCCUGGCACUGCCAGCGUCAGGGAGGCAGGUGGGCUCCGGCUUUUCUGGCUUCUGCCAUGAAAUCCUGGCCACAGGAGCCCAGUGAUAGAUGAUGUCUUCCAUGGUCAGCUCAGAGACCUCAGCAGCCUCAGGUCCUGGUGUGGGCUGGGCUUUUGUUAUCUCCUUAUGCAAAUCCCUUCCCACCUGGCCUGGAGUCCUGGGGAGCAGCAGGGUCUCCCUGCCCUGCUGUGAGCCCGUCCCUGGUCAUGGCUGCUGGGGGCUUGGUGUAGGAGGCUGG